UUAUUCCCUAUCAUGGACAGCCUUAGAGCACAGUCCUCAUACAGGAGACGUUUUGGGCCGCAGAGCUCAAGCAGCUCAGGAGGUAAAAUAGGUGGACUAUCUUCCCACCGCCUCACCUGGCAUGGCGCCCCUCGAAGCAUCACCCACUCCAGCCCCGUCUCCCGGGUCUCCCUGGGCUCCUCCAGCACGGCCUUGCUGCUGGGCAGCCCCGUUGACCGGCUGGACUUCUCAGCUGACUCCUUGUUGAAGGCCCAGUACAAAGAAACUCGUACCAACGAGAAGAUGGAGAUGAUGGGCCUGAACGACCGCUUUGCCAGCUACAUAGAGAAGGUGCGGCUUUUGGAGCAGCAGAACAAAGUUCUGGUGGCAGAACUGAACCAGCUGAAGGGGAAGGAGCCUAGCCGCCUGGGGGACAUCUACCAGAUGGAGCUGAGAGAUCUACGACGGCAGGUGGACGAUCUCACCAAUGGCAAGGCUCGUCUGGAGAUAGAGAGGGACAACCUGUCUGCAGACCUGGGCACGCUCAAGCAGAGGCUGCAGGAUGAAAUGGGCCUCCGACAGGAAGCAGAGAACAGCUUGAACGCCUUCAGACAGGAUGUGGAUGAAGCAGCGCUCAGUCGGGUCCAGUUGGAGAGAAAGAUCGAGGCCCUGCAGGAUGAAAUUAAUUUCCUGAAGAAAAUUCAUGAAGAAGAGCUGCGUGAGCUGCAGGAGCAGAUCAUGGCCCAACAGGUCCACGUUGACGUGGAUGUGUCAAAACCAGAUUUAACUGCUGCUCUGAGAGACAUCAGAGUUCAGUACGAGAAUAUGGCCACUUCAAACCUGCAGGAGACAGAGGACUGGUACCGAUCCAAGUUUGCUGACCUGACAGACGCAGCCAAUCGAAAUGCAGAAGCCCUGCGUCAGGCCAAGCAGGAGGCCAAUGACUACCGCCGUCAGGUCCAAGUGUUGACCUGUGACCUGGAUGCUCUUCGUGGCACAAACGAGUCUCUGGAACGCCAGCUUCGGGAGCUGGAGGACCGCUGUGCCAUGGAAACAGCAGGUUAUCAGGACACGGCGAGCCGUCUGGAGGAAGAGAUCCAGACUCUGAAGGAGGAGAUGGCACGACACCUCCAGGAGUAUCAGGACCUCCUCAACGUCAAGCUGGCUCUGGAUAUUGAGAUAGCCACCUACAGGAAGCUCCUAGAGGGGGAGGAGAGCAGGAUCACCAUUCCUGUUCAGAGCUUUGCAAACCUCCAGUUCAGAGAGACUAAUUUGGACACUAAAACCCCAGAGGCCCACGUGAAGAGGAGCAUCCUGGUUCGGACUGUGGAGACCAGGGACGGGGAGAUCAUUAAGGAGUCAACCACCGAGCACAGAGACCUUCCUUGAAGUUUAAGGACCAGCAUUCCCGUCUUUUCUUCAUCCAUAAUCUAAGAAUUGCAGUUUAAUUGCUCCAUAUUAGUCUUUAAUGUACUUCCACACCCCAAAGCAGCCCUUAUUGCAUCAUCAAUUUAGUCCUAAUCUCUUUAACGGUGUGAAAAUCACGAUGCUAACGCAGCAGCCUUCUGAAAAUGUUCCAGUAGAUAAGUUCCUGUAAGGGACCGUUAGCCAGAGCUGACAUUUAGGUGCCGUAGGAGAGGCCUGAGAAGUAGUCAUGGUGUUUAUCUAACAUGCAGCUUAGUGAAGGUGGGUGUGUGGUUACGUGUACGUGAAACGUGGAGGUCAGGAGGGAGUCUGCAAAAACUGAAACAGGAUUUGGGGAAGAAAAGGGAGAAAAGCGAAUGUUACUGAAGCUUUAGACGGGAUGAUAAGUGAAUUCAUUUUUAGUGUGUUUUUGGUGCUUUUUUAUCUCCGUUUUUCAAGGAGCUUCUUCUGCUUCUAAUUAAAGUCCUGCACCUCUGCACACAGGUUUUUAGCACCUAACGAGCUAAAAGCUGAUGUGUGAGAGGAGCCUCAACAUAUCCAAAGUUUAGUGUUGGUACUCGAUUUAUUUUUAGACUAAAAUGCGGUUUUAGCAUUUUUUUCCUUCAGCUGUUUGCAGGGUCUCCAGUACUUUGAUUUUAUUGACCCCCUAACAGAUUUUCAGUGCGAAUGAUUAUAACCCAAAAAAAAAAGGCGUACUCCUGAGGUAUUCAACCAAAGUUAGGGGACUUAAAAACAUCUUUACUUUUGCCAACGUCUAAAGCAGCUUUCUGGUUAAGACUGGUUAAGACUGGUUAAGACGUGUCACCAUUUGCCCCCCCAACCACUUGCAGCCCCUUCACUCCAAAACCAUUUCUGAGGUGCUGAUAUCAAAGAAAAGACACACAAUCAGAGGAGAGCAAGGCAGCACCGCCUCUGAUGGGUUUCAUGUUGAAGGGGAGGACGUCUGAGUGGGAAGGAAGGAGGCUGGAGGGGCGAGUGAACGUCACAUCUCCAACCGUCACCCGGACCCUGAUUUGUGUGUCUGAGCGAAGCGGGAUGACAGGCGCUGUCGCUAACCAAAGUGACAGGCUGACUGGAAGUGUGCUCAUCACCAAGGACACCCUGAGUCCUACCUCUCCCCAACUCCCUUUACCCCAACACUCGGUCUGUAUCCACUCGCAGUCCUCUUUAUUUCACUAUUUCUGUUGCUAUUUUAAUGUUUUGUUUCAAAUGUUCUGCAUAUGUGGACUCUAACCUUAGCUCUGGCCAUGCUGUGAUGUUAACAACAAUAAAAUAAGAUUUGGCUGAC